AUGAUCCCGAGCUGUAGUAAAUGUGCUACCUCCAGUAAUCCCAUGGGCUCUCAAAGCCUGCCCACUUUCAUAAACCAACGCGUAUCUUCUUCUUCUUUUUCUUUCUUGACCUUUUCUUUAUCUCGCAAGCUUUUGCCACUGGCCUUAAUACUCUUUUCUCUCAUUGCAAUCCCAUAUUCUCAUGCUCAGCCGUUACUUUCAGCAUCUAUCUCGGCUACUUCCCAAGAAUUAUCUUCCACUACUAUCAUCCCACCUUCACCAACUUCUUCUCAUCAACCAACACCACCACCAUCAUCAUCAUCACCACCACCACCAAAAAAAAAUGUUCCAACAACUUCCAUUAUAGAUAUCCUCUCUCAAUCAGCAGAGUUCUCUAUCCUCAUAUCUCACCUCCAGCAUCUGGGCUUAGUCCCUCUUAUCAACCAGGCUCGCAAUAUUACCUUUUUGGCCCCAUCAAAUAAUGCCUUCUUAGACAUUGACCCUGCAUUCAUCACACGCGAUCGUCUUCUCUAUCACAUUAUUAACACCACUUUCAUUGCCUCUGACUUUCUUCAAAAUCCUUCAACUCAAACAAAUAUUCACCCAUCUUUUCUUCACUCACAAAAUUAUCUCAAAAAUAUUGAUGCUGGUGCUCCUCCCAUUUCUGUCGAAAAAGUCUCCGAUCCUCUUGCAACUAUCCCCAUCGGUUACCCAGCAAUCCCAGUCCUAUUCACCAAAGUAGAAUCGGACUCGCGUGGUCCUGACCCUUCUUCUUACAUUGUUGCCCGGAGCUCCCAAAAUUCUUCCGCCGAGCUUGUCGAAACCGAUCUCAAGGCUUCAAAGCAUCGCGGAGUCGUCCAAGUCAUUGACAAACUCCUAGCUCCUCCACCAUCAAUUUGUGAAACCCUCGCAUCUUCCCCAGACCACUCCAUCUUUUAUUCCCUCUUCCUCCUUGAACACGAAUGCUCAGGCCCGGUCUUUAACUCCCCAACUACCCUUCUCGUACCAUCCAAUUCCGUCUUUCUCGACCAGCUCUCAAACAUUGAACUCUUAUAUCUAUCUUCCGACUGGGGCCACGAUGACCGCGUUGCUCUCAUCAACCGUCACACAAUCAACUCGGGCUUAGUUGCAUCGGCGCUUAUUCCCAAAUUGGCUCAUAAAACGCCCCUUGAUGAUCAUUCAAGCGCAAUUAUCAAAGCUGCUGAUGGAUGUCCUCUUAAUAUAUCCACCUCCAUGGUUAUCAAUGGUUCCUGGGCACCAACUAUCGCAGACAUUAUUGCAAAUGACGGCAUCGUUCAUUUUUACAAUGACUUUAUCAUUGCCCCCACUGGGAACAUUCACUCCUUAAUCAAUUUCACUCCAGAAAAACAUCUCCUUGUUCUUGGCGCAGAAACCUUUGUUAAGGAAGUAAAGUUUCGCGGCCUUAGAUACCUUAUUAAUGGUUCUGAUCCUCAAGAUAAGCAAACCAUUUUUGCUCCACGCGAUGACUCGGACAGCUCUUUGCUUUUAGGGAAACGUACCUUUAUAUCUUCAAACCCUGAUGUCGUUCUAAAACAACGAGGUGAAUUGUCUUCUUCAGACGAUGAAGACGACAAUACUGUCUUUACCCAAUCAAUUCCAACCGUCAUGUACCAUUUUAUCCAGGGCCAGCACACCCUCGACAUUGACGAAAUUAUAAACUCAAACUACUUGCUCGUCUCAAAAGCAACCUUCAAACGUCUUGGUUACGGCUUCCAGCGCAUCCGCGUCUCCGCAAACGAGGCAGACUCUGAAAUUUACCUGAAUGGCCACGACUUGGUCACUGACGGACCCUUUAUUGUUGGCAACACAACUAUAUACCUUAUUGAUGGCAGCCUCGAUCCUCCACCUCCAAUUGACCUUGCCGUGGGUUCUGUUUUGCAAUCUGCCCAAUCCGCAACCUAUCUUCAGCAACUUGGCUUGUUUGGUCUUCCUGCAUCAAAUGGGUGGACCAUUCUUUUGCCCACCGCAAUUGCCUGGAAGUCUAUUGGUCUUGUUACUAGGUACUUGGAAACUAACAUGACGGCUUUACGUCUUACUCUCGAAUCUCUUAUUCUGCGUGCCCCAUUUUACUCCGACUCGGCCCCCAUGAAAACAAAACUAUUUGAUGGAACUGAUGUUGUUGUUUCUUCAACCCCUCCUAGAAUCACUCACAAUCCUGGAUUUUCCACUGACGGAGAUGAAGACGAUAACCUAAUUAAGGACGGUAAAGUGAUUAAAAAGAAGAAGAAAAAGGCCCUUAAAAAACAUCACCGCAAACAGGGCAAAAAGAAAACUCGCAACGACAUGGGCAAUUACGCGCCAUUGGACCUUUACAUUGGUCCAAACCAUUAUCACGUUGAAACUGCAAAUGUCUUGUCUUCAUCCGGUGUCAUCCAUGCCGUUAAUGAAAUUGUCAUUCCUAAUCAGGUCCAAGUGUCGUCAACAAAUAUCUUGGAGUCGGUUGACUCAACUCUCUUCAUUGCACUGUUGCAGGCUCGUAACAUGUCUCAUGUCCUAGACAAUAGUAACUCUGAAGAAUCUAAAUAUACCAUUCUUGCACCUUCGAACAAGGUCCUCGAGGCAAAUAAUAUUACUGUACAUACCCCAGAUAUUGACGUUUUGCUCCGCAUGCAUGUGCUACCAGGUAACCCCAUCAAUGACUUCCUCGAUGGCGGAGAAGUCCUCUCCAUGCAGGAUGAUAUCCAUCUCACAGCAAAGGAAAUAGACUCAGGACUUUAUCUUGUCAGCAUUGUCGAGGGAGAUUCGCUCCACGAAAUUCGUGUGCUAGAUCGAGGCGAUACCACUCCCUAUGCUUGCUCAUCUGACCAACAGCCUUCCGAAUGCAAGUCUACCAUUCUUUACGUCGACCGCUUCCUUUCCCCUGACUGGAUUACCAGACCAAUGCCUCCCUUUUCACCGCCUUUCCAUUUACGCACGCCCUUUGCCAUUCUUCUCGGUGUCGUUUUUGGCGCAAUUCUUAUCUUUAGUGUCAUGUCCGUGGCCCUUCUCUUUUUCCUUAGCCGCCGCCGCCGCUUGCUCAAAAAUAAUACCGCCUCAGCUUCUUCUUCCUCCAUCUUGGGCGCCGAUGCCGCCGGCGGCAGCGGGCCCGGUUCACCAACAACCCCAGAUAAACGACCCCUCCUCUCCCGCAAAUCCUCCGCCGUCUCGUCAAACUCAGUCGGCGGCUCCGGGCGCCGGCAUCGCUCGUCGCGACACCAUUCUGCAAAUAACUCACCGCCAGAAGCUCCCAACGGGUCGUCGUCGUCGGCUGCCCACACCAAUGAUGAAUACACGGGCCCAGUAACCAAGUCCGGGUUCUAUGGGUCUCUCGACACAUCAGGAAUGAUGCUGGCUAACGACGACUAUGCAAACUUUAAACGUGCUGCUGCCGCUGCUAAACAAACUAACGGAGGAACUUCUAGCAAUACAAAUACCUUGGGCCGACGGUCCUCUACAAUGUCGACGCGCUCGGUGUCAUCAAUGACAUCAGAGCACAGCGUGUCGGAACCAAUCCCCACAGGGAAAGUGCUCGGCGGGCGCGAGCACGGAAAGCAUUUGAACCUGCCACGCGUGAUAUAG